AGUCAAAUUAGAGGUAGAUGCCGCUGGCGCCGUUGGUGCGCGUGGUCUUUGCAGCUGCUCGCGUCACUCGGAUCCUGGGCUCCGCGAGCUGCACGAGCCGAGCCCGCUCGCGGGCCAGUCAUCAUGUCGCGCUACGGGCGGUACCGAGAAGAAACCAAGGUGCAUGUUGGUAACCUGGCAACUGGUGCUGGCAAAGGAGAGUUAGAAAGGGCUUUCAGUUACUAUGGCCCCUUAACAACUGUGUGGAUUGCAAGAAAUCCUCCGGGAUUUGCCUUUGUGGGAUUUGAAGACCCCAGAGAUGCAGGAGAUGCAGUUCGAGGCCUGCAUGGCAAGGUGAUUUGUGAUUCCCAAGUGAGGGUUGAACUAUCAACAGGCAAGCCGCGGAGAUCUUAUUUGGAUAGACCACCUGCCCGACAUCCCUUUGAUCCAAAUGAUAGAUGCUAUGAGUGUGGUGCAAAGGGAUAUUGUGCUUAUUGUCAUCGCUAUAGCCCACGAAGAAGAAGCAGAAAUAGGUCACGGUCUAGGUCACAUUCGAGAUCCAGAGGUAGACGAUAUUCUUGCUCACGGAGCAGGAGCAGGAGCAGGAGCAGGAGCAGGGGAAGGAGGUCGAGAUCAGCAUCUCCCCGACGAUCAAGAUCUGUAUCCCUUCGUAGAUCACGCUCUGCUUCACUCCGGCGAUCUGGAUCUGGUUCUAUAAAAGGAUCGAGGUAUUUCCAAUCACGGUCAAGGUCAAGAUCAAGAUCCAGGUCUAUUUCACGACCAAGAAGCAGCCAAUCAAAGUCCAGAUCUCCAUCUCCAAAAAAGAAGCCUUGUGAUGGAGAAUCAAAAAAAUAAAAAAGCAAGAUUGAAUGAUAAAGGAAGUGGAAGUAGCAGUAGGCGACCCUUUCAAGACAUAAGGACCGAGAUGUAUGGGAUUGUAGA